AUGGAGAAAUCAGGAAACCCUAAAAGCCUUUGCUCAAGAGCCACCGCCGACAACUUCGUCGACCAACAGACCAACUGGUACGACCAGAUCCUCGGCAAAUACGGCGGCACUUGGUAUUCCGACCAACUACUCCGAUCCAUACUGUCAGCCCGCAGCAACUUCAAAGCCAAAGAAGGCGACGUAAUGGUGACGUCACUUCCCAAAUCAGGGACAACAUGGCUGCUUGCCUUAACAUUUUCCAUAGCCAAACGCAGCCUUAUCCCGCCGGGGCAGAGCCCGCUCCUAACUGCCAACCCACACGACCUCGCCUGCAAUCUCGAGUUCAAACUCUACUGGGAAGAGGACAACCCUAACCUCGACGGAAUCCCGUGCCCUAGAAUCUUCUCCACGCACGUGCCUCACGUGAUGCUUCCGGAUUCUGUCCGAGAAUCAGAUAACUGCAGAAUCAUUUAUAUUUGCAGGAACCCUCUGGACCGGUUCAUUUCGCUUCGCCAUUUCUUGCUUGCGAACCGGGUGGUGAAGGAGGCGGCGGCGCCGCCGCCGCCGCUCGCCAUGGACGAGGCUUUCAACGAGUUCUGCCAGGGGAUUGAAAUGUACGGACCGUUUUGGGAGCAUGUUCUCGGAUAUUGGAAGGAGCAUUUGGAGAAUCCGAGGAAGUUGCUGUUCUUACACUACGAGGAGAUGAAGGAAGACCCAGUGGGGCAUGUCAGGAAGAUUGCUGAAUUUCUGGGAUGUCCCUUUACGGCUGAGGAAGAAAAACAAGGCAUGGUUGACGAAAUCUCAAGGCUAUGUAGUUUUGAGAGUAUGAAAAAUAUGGAGGCCAACAAAGAAGGAUAUGUUUACAAGCAAUUUAAAAAAACUUCCUUCUUUAGAGAGGGUAAAGUUCACAAUUGGAGCAAUUAUCUUUCACCCACAAUAGCCAAAGGUAUGGAAAAGGUCAUAGAAGCCAAGUUUAAAGGGUCAGGCUUGAAUAUGAAAACCAGAUUCCAAAUUGACAAAGAAAUGAACUAA